AUGGACGCCGAGCACCCUGCCGCAGGAGGGUCAGGUUCCGAGCGCCCACCGACGCCGUCUAUUGCCGCGAUAGCGACCCCGGCACGCGAUAGUGGCUCGUCAACCCGCACGUCCGUCAACGAGAAGGAAGACGAAAUCGCACGUACCCCGCACUCGCAACGCGCUUCAUACUCCUCUAACCCACCAGAGCCGCCAGAGGUCAGCGCCCUACUCAACCUCCCACCACCCCUGCCGUUCGACCUCGACGUGCGCGGCCUGACCAUCGGUGUGCCAAGACAGUCGCGGAUAGUCAAACUGCUACAGGGCGACCUGACCGCGCUCAAGCGCAAGGAAGGUCCGCGCAAGACCACAAUUUUGGAAGAUGUGUCUUGCGCCUGCGCGAGCGGACAAGUCCUCGCCAUUCUGGGAGGAAGCGGAAGCGGUAAGACGACCCUCCUGAAUGCCGUCGCGUACCGCCUAAACGACCUCCCCAUCAAGGUUGGCGGCGUUGCAUACGUCCCAUCCGAAGGUGGGAUGGCGUUGGGAAAGCACGAGGCGAAGCGUCGUAUAGGCUUUGUGCGGCAGCAGGACUUCCUCGUGGAGUGCCUCACAGUACGCGAGACGCUCACGUAUGCUGCGCGCCUGCGCCUUCCGACGAGUCUGACGCGCGAGAAUAUCGCGAUCAUCGUCGAGCAGACGCUUGACGAGUUGGGUCUGCGCGACGCCGCGGAUACAGUCGUAGGCGGUCCCUUGAGGAAGGGCAUUUCGGGCGGCGAGCGACGCCGCCUCAGUAUCGGCUGUGUGCUAGUCACACUUCCCUCCGUGCUGAUUCUCGACGAGCCAACUUCAGGCCUCGAUGCGUUCACAUCAUACCUCCUCCUGCAAACAUUGAGCGCGCUCGCGCGGCGCGGCCGCACAGUUAUCAUCUCGAUCCACGCGCCAAGAUCCGACGCUUAUCCCCUCUUCGAUCGGAUCACAUUACUUUCCAAGGGCCGGGUCGUGUACUCUGGCCUCCGAUCCCAGUGCCUUGACUGGUUCUCGGGGCUUGGACACGACGUCGAGCCGGGCAUCAACCCCCUCGACUUCCUGAUCGACGUGAGCUCAGUUGACAGCCGCACACCCGAGAGCGAGGAGGCGAGCCAAGCCCGCGUGCAGGCACUCACCAACGCUUGGGCCGCACAUAUCGCCACCAAGCCUGAUACCCUUGCUGUACGGCCGCUACUGCGCUCCUCCACGUCCCGCCACAGCGCGGAGGGCGCCGAACUGCACCGCGUCGUCACCCAGUCCGAAGCGAAACGGCCGGGAUUCCUUCUCCAAACCCGCGUUCUUACCGCUCGCGCACACAGGAACGUGUACCGCAAUCUCCCCAUCCUAGUUGGGCUGCUGUUGCAGGGCACCGUCCUAGGUGUCUUCAUGGGCGUGACGUACGCCAACAUACCCGAUACGCCGACCGGCGUCCAGUCCCUCAAGAAUUUGUCGUUCCAGAUGAUACCUGGUGUGUUCUACCUCCAGCAAGUGUUUUGGGUGUACAAGUUUUGCAACGACCUGAUCAUUUUCGAUCGCGAGCGCGAGGAUAACCUCUAUGAUGUCGUGCCAUACGUCCUCAGCGACUGGGUGAGCUUCCUCCUCCCCGCCAUCCUCUCCCCCGCUGUGUACGUCAUUAUCCUAUGGUUCAUCGCUGGGAUGAGACACGACCACGUCGCGCAGGGUUUGUUUACCAUCAUUGGGAGCACAUUACUUGUGCAAUGCGCGAUACAGGGCCUGGCGCUGUUCGUGAGCUCGGUCACGCGCAGCUUUGCGCAGGCCUCGCUCAUCGGUAACGCGAUCAACAUCUUCCAGCUCCUCUCGGCGGGCUUUGUCCUCGUCGAUCCACCAGAUUACGCCGAGUGGAUCCGCUGGCUCUCGCCGUACUUCUACUCAUUCCGCAUCGUCGCCACAGUGGUAUUCAAGGACCGCGUGUUUGACUGUCCACCGAUUUCCAAUGCCAACCUAGCCCAGUGUGAUGGCAACAACGUCCUCCGCGGCUUCAACUUUGAUCUAGGCAUCAACAUUGGCGUUUGGUUUGCCGGUCUCGCAGCCUUUGCUUUAUUCGAGUACAUUGUCGCAUGUCUUGUGCUCCGCUACCUCCCAGUCGGCGGGGUACGGCACGCGUCCGAAAUAGACUCGCAUUUCCGGGGCAAGACAGCUGACGUCGGGGAUUCACACAUGACACGCGACCGGAUCGACGUGGGCGUCCACCACAUGAGCUUGGCGUGGGAGCGGCGCGGUCGCGGUGUGGCAAAGAACGCUCACCGCCGAAUCCUCGACGACGUGUCGGCGUCCUUCCCCGCUGGCGAAGUGAGUGCUAUCCUCGGCCCGUCUGGCGCUGGAAAGAGUACACUCCUCCAACUCAUCGCCGGGCGACAUCUCGGCGCGGGCGCAAUGGCAGGUUUCACGCGUACAGGGGAUAUCUUGUUUGCUGGGGCUCCGGCAACGGCCGUGGCGAUGAGUAACGUUGCCUUCGUCGAGCAGGAGGACGACUGGCACCUCCCGAACCUGACUGUCCGCGAGACACUGCGGUAUGCGGCGAUCCUGCGACUUCCGAACGAGAUGACGCGGUUGAAGAAGAUAGCCCGCGCCGAAACCGUCCUUCGCAUGCUCGGGCUCAAGGACUGUGCGGACUUGCCCGUUGGCGGGCCGCUCAUCAAGGGCAUCUCAGGAGGCGAGAAGCGCCGCCUUUCUCUCGCCGUGCAAAUGAUCAACGACCCUGCCGUGCUUGUCGUCGACGAGCCAACAUCGGGCCUCGACUCAAGCAUAGCCCUCAGUGUUAUGCAGGUACUCAAGGACAUUGCGGCUACGGGGCGUACCGUUAUCGCGACGAUCCACCAGCCGCGCUCGGAUAUCUGGCGCCUAGCGGAUAACGUCAUGCUCCUCGCCAAGGGCGGGGUUGUUGCGUAUUCGGGUCGGCGAGCCGACGCAGUAAGGUACUUUACGGGGAUAGGGUAUCCUAUGCCCUCCGAAUUCUUUAACCCCGCCGAUCACUUGCUCGACCUGGUAUCUGUGGAUCCGCGGGCGCGGACACACCUGGCAUCAGCGGCGCGCGUCCGCUCUCUCACCGACGCAUGGCGCGCCAUAUCCGUCCAAGAUCCGGGCGAAGAUACCCCGCACCUCAAGGAGAAAUCGUGGCGCCGUGACCACACCGUCUCCGAGCCAGAGGUCGGGAAGCUCUCGUCAGGCUCGCGCACGACAUCCAUGCGUAUCGCUCUGCCUGUCGUGCUGCAGCGACAUUGGCUCAACCUCUGGCGCCAACCUGAAGUCUUCUUCAACCGGUGGAUGCAGGCGCCCUUCGUUGGCGCUCUGUUUAUCCUUUUCUUCCAGCGCUUGACCAAAGGAGCACAAGGAGCGCAGGACCGUAUCGGCUUAACAUUGCAGAGCACGUCCGCACUGGCCUUCGUUGGAUUAUUGAACUCGAUGUCGAUCUUUCCUCCCGAGAGGAACCUAUACCUCCACGAAGCGGCGAGUAGUGCGCGUUACUCGCCUGCCACGUUCGUGAUCAUGUACACACUAGUCGAAUUGGCGCCCGAGAUCUUCGCCUCGCUCGGAUACACUGCCAUUAUGCACGUGGGCGUGGGGAUGCAAACCUCGGCCAGCAUCUUCUUCCAAUUCUUCGCCACCAUCUGGGUGAUGCAGAACUUGGGCGAGAGUCUGUGUAUCAUUGUCGGCGUAUGGGUCCGUUCCGAGGGCCUGACUGUGACUAUCCUAUCUACCUUCCUCUCGCUGGUUGCACAGACGGCCGGCCUCGUUUCGCUCAACGUACCGCGUUGGUUGGCGGCCAUAGCGUGGGGUACGCCGUUCAAGGGCGCCAUCAAAGUCCAGCUCAUCAACGAGUGUGUUGGGCUCGUAUUUGAUUGCUCUGCCCAACAGGUCUCGGACGGCAAGUGUAUCGCGCAGACGGGCGAGCAAAUAAUCGCGCUGUUUGGAUGGCGAGAUUUGAACGUAGCUCGCUUUGCGGGAAUCAUGGUUGCGACGGCUGUCGCUUGGCGUAUCCUCUCGUGGGUUAGUGUUGCGGCGAGGGUACCCGCCGCCAUGUCGCAACUCACCAUCUGGGGCCGCCACAACUCGAACAACGUAAAGAAAGCCCUGUGGGCAGCCCACGAGCUCGGUCUCCCCUUCACCUCCGAGAUCGUAGGCAUGCAAUUCGGUGGCACUCGCACAGACUCCUACCUGUCCAUGAACCCGAUGGCGCAAAUCCCAACUCUCCAAGAUGGCGAUUUAGUCGUGUGCGAAUCCAACGCCAUUGUGCGCUACCUCUUCGCCGAAUACGGAACGGCCUUCCCCACCCAAUCCUCGGCCAAGACUCGAGCCAUCGGGGAUCGGUGGAUGGACUGGACGUCCACCACCCUCGCGCCGGUUAUGAAGGGCGUGUUCUGGCCCGUCGUGCGGCAGAAGGAGGAGGAGCGGGACUGGGUCGCCAUUCGCGCGUCUAUGGCCGAGAUGGAAAGGUUGCUUGUGGUGGCUGAGGGGUGGUUGGAGGAUCACGAGUGGUUUAGCGGCGACAGUUUUGGGGCAGGCGAUAUCCCCCUCGGCAGUUUCCUGUUUGCGUGGUUUGAGAUGCCGAUUGAGAGGGAGAGUCGGCCACGCCUCGAAGAGUGGAUGGCAAAGUUGAAGGAGAGGCCGGCCUUCCAGAAGGCCGUAGUGGCGCCGCUUACUUAG